AUGUACAAUGUCUGGCAUGUCGAUGGUACGCAGACGGCUCAUGAUGCUAUCGAUAAAUGGCGCACGCAUGAUGGUUUCAAUAAGUCAAUUGCUGUCACCAAGUUACUGUCAGAUGCUGACGCGUCCGCUCUACAUGAUCAUUUUGUGAGCGUGGAAGUAGCUAAAGUUGACGCUGAGAUUGCUUCGAUGGAGAUGGAGCUUAACGAACUUCAAAAAGACACGGAAGAAGGCCCCACGUGGCCAGCAGCCGUUCCUCCGUACAGUAAACCUCCUAAUCGUUACCAGGUUCCCACAUGGGAUUUUUUUACGCUGAAAGAUAUCUUUCGAAGUGAACCCAACCAGAACGUUCGUCCACUCGAAGGCAAAGAUCGCGACGAUGUACUAGAGGUGGUCGCUGCAGCUAGGCAACAUGUAGAAUUGGAAGAGCCGGAUUUGGAGUUUCUUCAAGUCCGAAACGGUUAUAGGUUAUUCGAUCCACAGCGUGGCAUGGAUUAUAUGGUCGAUCUGGUGUAUAAAGAUGGUGCUACCCAAGUUACCGUGGAGCGUCGUGUACAUUUGUGUCGUAUGGUCGCCGGCACACAGCUUAUGAAUCAAGUUCCAUACGUAAAGGAGGAUACAGAUAUGACGAUUGUUGUACCAGUGAGUGAUGAGUCAGAAGUGCUGCCAGCACGACGACUUUUGGCAAGGCAUGCAAGGCUCUGUACUGCACCAGCUGAAGAAACAAGAAAGACUCGAGUUGUCGUCGCACUUUUACCUGGCAUUGAUCCUCGAUCAGCUACCAAUAUCGCCAAUGACUUGGAAGAAUUGAAGAGAAGAUGCAAGCGAUCUGGAUUGGAGUCGGACAUGUUACAACUGCAAGAUUCUUCCGGAGAAGAAAGCUCCACGGGAAGUAAAAUCAGCAGAUGUACGUGGAGGAAGCGCUGCUCUCGACGAAGCUAUCGAUCGGCUACGGUGUUCUUUCCGAUUCCCUUUGUUGAGUUACUCAGCCUACAGUUAUCGGGAAUGGAUGUGGACGAGAACGAAGUACCAGCGGAUCAAAAGGAAGCUCGAGAUGCGGCGUUGACUCGGCUUCGUGACUCGUCACCACCAAGACGGAAGCGUCCGCUUAUUGUUCAGAAGGACCAUGGUCGUUUCGAUUCGCUCGAUUUUUCUUGCAUGGCUGUUUACGGAUCCGACUAUGUUGUCAUGCGACCAAAACUAGCUGGAAAGAGAUUGGAUUUGAUUACUGCAUUUAUGAAUCAGGAUGAAGUUCACAUACUUCGCGCUGUGGAGCCAACGCUGAGAAUAAGAUAUCAUCAGAAGACAUGUGAUUCGGAUCUUGUGGAGGAAGAUUAUUCGAGGUGUAUGGCAAGCAAACGCGAGAACAUCGCCGCUAAAGAUCAGCUUGCUCGGCUUCUUUUCCAUGAGGAGUAG